AUGUAUGAACAAAACGAAGCAGAAAACUUGCAACAAAUUUUAAAUUCUGAAGUUAUUAAUAAUAUAAAUGGGCUUUCUAAUUAUAUUAAUAAUAAUGAUGCUGGUUUAACGGAAGAAUUGUUAAGUGAUAAUCAAAUUAUUGAUCUUGUAACUCAAUCUGUAACAUUAGAUAGUAAUUCAAGUAAUGAAGAACAAGUUUUAAUAAGUCAUAAAGAAGGAUUAGAUGCUUUAACUACUUUUAUUGAAUAUUUUAAACAACAAAUGGAUGCAGAAUUUAAAAUUGAAGAUUUAAAUAUUUUAAAAAAAUAUAAUAAUAUU